AUGAAGCCUCCUCCAGGAUACAAUCAAGCUCAACCUGAUAUGCACUCCAAUACUGGUAUGACAAUUUUACUAUUGUAUGUGGAUGAUAUGAUUAUAACCGAUAAUGAUGAGAAUGUAAUUGUACAACUCAAGAAUCUUCAUAAUGCAACUUUCAAAAUGAAGGACCUUCGCAGAUUAACAUAUUUUUUGGGGUUGGUGGUUGAAUAUUUCCAGGAUGGUAUCAUGCUAAGCCAAAAGAAGUAUGCAGAGGAUAUUGUCACACAAACAUGUCUAAGUGAUCAUACGGUAGCUCACACACCUAUGGAGAUCAAUGUGAAGUACAGAAAUGAUGAUGAUGACCCUCUUGCAGAACCAACAUUGUACAUAAGGCUCAUUGGCUGUCUAAUUUAUUUGACAAUAACAAGACAUGACAUCUCUUAUCCAAUUCAAGUCUUGAGCCAAUUUGUUACAAAUCCUUGCCAGCAUCAUUUUUCUGCCCUCCUCAUAAUCAUUCGCUAUGUUCCGAGUACAAUUAAUUGA